AUGUCGGCCCAGAAGCUUUAUGGAUCUCACGUCCCGCUGGCUCCACUUUCUCGAAUACUCUUGGGGAUUGGUUCUGCAGCGACAGCAAUAACCGAUCCUCGAAGAGGAGAUAUGGUAGCAGCGAUGGGAGAAACUACAGCAGUCGGGCCUGUGCUGGAAAAUAUCAGAAGGAGGAUGGAGUCGGAUAAAAUAGGGAAGAAGCUUCUCAUGGAAAAGCCCCGCAUCUCAAAUGAGACAAUUGACAGAAAGUGGCUGGCACAGCUACCAGAUGGCACCUUGGGUAAACAUUACUCAAAGUUAGUUGAAGAAUUACUCAUACCAAAGAUGUAUCAAACUUCGAAGCAAUAA